CUGCGCUCGCCGCGCCACCGGAGCCUCCGCCGGCCUCGGCACGGCCCAAACCGGGGGUGUCCCCCCUCCCCCCCCACAUCGUGCUGCCCCCGGAGCCCCCCAAAACCUGCCGGAGCCCCCACCCUGAGCGCCGCAGAACGAUGGGCUGAACGCAUCCGGCAUCUCGCAGGCACAGGCCGGGCUGGGGGUGCGGCAAACAACGAUCCCCCCAACCAAAAAAAGCCCCUGGGGGUGCUCAGGGGGUCACCGAGCCCCCCUCGGGCCGUGAGGGACCCCCCGCUUGUCCCCGAGGAGCCGCCGGUCCCGGUUUGAGGAGCGACAGCGCCGGGAGCAGCAGGUGCCCCCAUGGCGUUGUUCCGCAUCCGGCAGUACCAGGAGCAGGACUACGAGGCCGUGCGGGCCCUGUUUGCCCGCGGCAUCCUGGAGCACGCCCCGGCCGGCUUCCGGCACGUUCUGCGGGCGGCGCGGGUGCGCCUGGCACUCCUGGCCGUCUUCGUGGCGGCGCGGGCGGCCGCGGGCUCCUGGGUGCUGGGGCUGGGCGCGGUGGCGCUGGCGCUGGUGCUGCUCUGGGUGCUGGUGCGCUCGCUCAGCGCCGAGUACGUGCGCGAGGCGCUGGGCACCGACCUGUGCGACGUGCCCGGCGUGUACCAGCGCCCGCCCGACUGCCGCUUCUGGGUGGUUGAGGAGGACGGAGCCGUGGCGGGCAUGGUGGCGGCGGUACCCGCGGGCCGCGGCGAGCUGGAGCUCAAGAGGAUGUCGGUGAGCCGGGAGCACCGGGGCCGCGGGCUGGCGCGGGCGCUGUGCCGGGAGGUGCUGGCGUUCGCCCGCGCCCGCGGGUACAGCGCCGUGGUGCUCAGCACCUCCAUGGUGCAGGUGGCGGCGCAGCGGCUCUACGAGGGGCAGGGCUUCCGCAGGGUGGGCACCUCGUACCCCUCGCUGCUGGGCACCUUGCUGAACUUCCAGAUCUUUCACUACCGCUGUGAGCUGGGCGAUGGAAAUAAGUAGGGCCCGGGUGGCGCGGCCCCGGUGGCAUGGCACCCCAAACCUGGCACUGCCGUGGCGCCCCAGCUCCAGCCCUGGCACGGCACCAUGAGCCCGGGACAUGAGGUGUUGCCGUGGCACGCGUGACGCUGCCGUGGCACCCGAACCCUGGCACCGCCGCUGCCCGUGAACCCUGGCACCGCUCUGGCACCCCAAACCCGGCCCUGGGACACCACCCCAGCACUCCGCCCCCAAUCCUGGCACAGCAGCACUGGCACGGGAGACAGUGCACCACCGUGGCACACCAGCCUGGCACUGCCCUGGCACCGUGACACUGGGACGUGUGGCACUGCCCUGGCACCCCAGCUCCAGGACUCCACCGCAGCACUCCACCCCUGGCACGUGAAGCACCGCCAUGGCACCCCCGAUCCCCACCCUUGGCACAGGGGGCACCUCUGCGGCCCUUCCUGGGUUUCCAGCAGCAGGAAAUAAAGAGAGACCUGUGGGAACAGUA